AUGGACUCUCGCCGCGUGACGCCUUCCUCCUCACCUCAGACAAAAUCCCAUGGCAACAAGCAGAGCUGGGACUAUAUUCUGCGUAGCGGGUUGGCUGGUGGCAUAGCCGGAUGCGCCGCAAAGACUGUAGUAGGCCCGCUAGAUCGCGUCAAGAUCCUGUUCCAGGCUUCAAGUCCCCAAUAUGCAAAGUACACGGGCUCAUGGUUUGGCUUCUUCAGAGCCAUGCGCGACAUCCACAACAACGAGGGCACGCGAGGUCUCUUUCGUGGCCAUUCAGCAACCUUGCUCCGAAUAUUUCCCUACGCCGGUAUCAAGUUCCUCGCCUAUGAGCAAAUCCGCGCUGUCAUCAUUCCGAAUAAAGACAAAGAGACUCCCAUUCGCCGACUUCUCAGUGGCAGCUUGGCUGGCACUAUCUCCGUCUGCUUCACCUACCCGCUCGAAGUUAUCCGCGUACGGCUGGCCUUCGAGACAAAAACAAAUCACAGGACUAGUCUGAGAGAAAUCUGCAAAACAAUCUACCACGAACACCCACCGCCCGUUGGCUCAGCUACCCAGCAUGUAGACACGUCCUCGGUCACCCGUGCCGCUACUUCAUCAAUAUCCGUCACCUCUGCUGCCUUGAACAGAGCGACGCCUGCAUCGGGCAUGGUCAAUUUCUUUAGAGGCUUCACACCCACCCUCUGGGGCAUGCUCCCAUACGCCGGCUGCUCCUUCCUCACCCACGAUACAGCUGGCGAUUUCAUGCGACAUCCACGCAUUGCAAAAUACACUACACUCCCCGCAUCUGAACAAUCGACCAAGCGCGAUCCCAACAAGCCGGUGCCGCUCAAAUACUGGGCGGAACUAACAACUGGUGGCUUUGCUGGGUUCGUGUCGCAAACCGUAUCAUACCCGCUAGAAGUCAUACGAAGACGCAUGCAAGUAGGUGGCGUGGUCGGCGAUGGCCACCGUCUGGGCAUGAUGGAAGUUGCUGGACGCAUCUUCCGCACCACUGGCUUCAAAGGCUUCUUUGUAGGUCUAAGUAUCGGUUAUAUGAAAGUCAUCCCUAUGACCGCCACCAGCUUCUUUGCCUACGAGAGGGCCAAGCUUGCACUUGGCAUUUGA